AACAAGCUGGAUAGAAAUCGAGCAGUAGCACUUGUACGUGGGAGCGCUUUAAUCUUGAUUUUCAAAGGAAUAGCUAACCUGAACCUAGACUUAUUUCAACAUUUCUCAACACAUAAUCCUUAAAAGCUAAAUGUGGACUAUUUAAAUGCAGGGCAUGGUAUUUGGGAUAUGCUAAAACCUUAUUUCUGACUCCUGCCUCUCAGCAACAGACCUCUGCCUGGUCUCUGGCUGUCUCAAUUUUGGCCCUGGCUCGACUCGACUGACAUUUCUGCAAAGGGCUUCGGUUCAUGGUGAUAUUUUUACUAAAUUCUCGGGUUGCUGGGUGUCGUUUUUGUCAUCUGAAAAAGGUAACUAAGGUUGGAAUAUAUGGGACAGUGUCUGCUCUUAUCCGUUAUCAACUCUGGGAUGAUGUCAUGCUGGCGGAUCCUGCAACUAUGAGUUCUAAGGUCGCAGCAGCUGCAGUUAGUGUCAGCCAGAACUCACGUCAUCAUAUCAUGACCAGAUCCAUCCAGAUUUGUCCAAUAGCAGAUUCUGUGAACUGAAAGUGAAACGUCUCCAUUGGUCUGCAUUGGUCUGUGAGAGAGGUAGCUUGGGCAACUCUACUUCAAGUUCCCUCAGACCACUCAUCCCAAUGUCCCCAGGUCCCCCCACCACUACCAUGGCCUCCUCACAAAGACAUUGAUGAAAAUGGGGUUUUAAACAUGUCGACAAUAAACAGGAUGGGGACGAAGGGCCUCAAAAGUCUGGUUCCACAGUGAACCUGUCCACGGAAYAGGCAGGCGACGGUGUGAUUGGCAGUUGGCAGUUCCAUCAGCGAAGCUGUUGUAGCUCAUCCUCUCCUGGUUGGUCAGUUUACUCCUGWGAGACCCCAGGAUGACGCACACUAGUCUGAGCUCUCUGACAAAGUUGUGAUAUCUCACAUCGCAAGGGUGUAGUUGUGCGGACCUAAGGAGUGGACAAUGAACAGAACAAAGGAGGGGCUGUGUGCUGAGGGGAAGCCGCCCCCGGCUGAAGUCCCUAUAGGUUGGCAGCGCAGAAUCACCCACAGCGGGGUUGUCUACAUAAGUCCCAGUGGCUUAGUCCUAGCCUGUCUGGAGCAGGUGAAGAGCUACCUGCUGACUGAUGGCACCUGUAAGUGUGGCCUGGAGUGUCCUCUCAUCAUUCAUAAGAUAUUCAACUUUGACACCGGGGCGGCUGUCAAGCAGAGGACUGCUGAGGAUGCCAGAGCCGAUGCGAAUGUCACCAAGCUGUGUAUCCACAAGAGGAAGGUCAUCACCGUGGCAACCCUGCACAGGAGCAUGGAGUCACCACACCCCGCUCUGGCCAGUCAGGGUGUUGGCACUGGCGCUGCAGCUAUGGGUCCUUUGAGUCAUCAAGCAAUAAGGAACAAUAUGCACAAUGGUCCACCCAACUCUGUGGCUCUUGAUGGCAGGAAUCCCAACAAGACAGGAAUGUCAGUUUCUGGUCAACAGUACUAUAACCAUGAACUGGGUUCUCCCCCUCAGAGGGAUCUGUACUUGGGGUACAGCAGGACAAGGCUGGGGGGCAGCGAACACAGUAGCCAACAACGGUCACCCUAUCACAGCCGCCACCGUGUCCUGCUCAGCCCCUCCUCCUCCACCUCAUGUUGCUCACAGCAUUAUGGUGAUAGGGUUCCCUCCCCAAGGACUGAACCUCUGGGGAGUCCUGACCCCAAUAUGCUUGGUUUUCAUGGAGCUUGCAGCCCAGGCUCUGUCCAUAUGAACGGUGAUCGUUUUACCCGUCUCUCACCACCCAGUAUCCUGCACCACGGCUCGCCUUCGGCCUCCCAGCCCUCGUGUGCCAUGUCAGGAAGGACUAAUGUACCAAAUUCCCCUGCCGUCAAUGCCAAAAGCCUCAAUAUGCAGAAGCCCUCCUGCAGCUUCCCCCACGACUUUCAACACAAGCCCCAGCCUGCAUGCCACCCACAGUCGCACUUUUCCCUGUCUCAGCUCCCUCCCUGCAUCCUGCAAAAAAAGCAGGUGACCUCUGAGAAGGACCCUCUUGGUAUCCUGGACCCAAUUCCAAGCAAUGCUCCUAGCCAGGGUCCCUUAGUGCCAAACAUAUCUGGCCUCCAACACAAUGCCCAAUCUCAGGUACCACCAAUGAAUGUAAACAUCCCCCCUGCCAGUGUCCCUUUGCCCAGCAACCUGCCCUUGCCAACUGGGAAGUCUGGACCUGUUGGGCAUGGCCAUAGGGUCCAGCACCCCCCUACCCUGUCAUCCGCCUCAUCCUCACCUAUCAUGUCCUCAGCACAUAUGGCUGGGCCUGUUCUCGCCAAGGUGGAGUCACCCCACCGCUCACGUUGCUUAUCCAGUUCUUCUGAACAUGGUAGCUUCGCUCACCCCACGGGGCUCCAGGUUCCUUGUGGGGUUUCAAAGCCACUUCCCCGGUCUUCUCAGGCCUCAUCGGGGUCCCCUCGACCUGCAAUGCCACGAAGUUCUGCAUAUAAGAUGGACAAACUCCAUCACUUGAACGAUACCCCCAACCAACUGCCAGGGGGGAUGAACAUUGGUCUAAGCAGGCAUCCCAACUCCAUGUACCGUCCAGCUCCCGGAUCUGAUAGUAUCCUUCAAAAGAAUCACUCGGUAGGUAUGCCCCUUAACCAGAUGUUAGAUCAGCAGAAUCCUGCUUCCUUCCCAGCAAGUAGUCUACUUUCAGCAGCAGCGAAAGCACAGCUAGUAAAUCAAAACAAACAUACCGACAGCACAUUGGAUGCAAACGCAGAGGCUCGCAGUGGCAGCAGUUUGGGACACCCAGGGCUAGUUGGUGGAGGCAGAGGUCGGAACCUAGAUGGACACAGCACUUUAAACCAGAGAUAUCUACCUAAUCCUGGGCCGUUGGCGAGCGAAUUUCAAAGCGGAAGAGCAGCACUAAGAGACAAACUCAUGGGUAUGGUUCAGCAGAGAGAGGCAAAUCGCAAGCGCAAACUGUCCAGUGAUGGCAGCAGUGGUGGCAUCAACAAUGACAGGGCUUUCGACGUGCUCAAGCAUCCGAUGGGUGGCUCUGGAUCUAGUUCAUCUAGCUUUCCAGAGACAUUGAGGAGAAUGUUGCAGCAGGGUUGUUUGCCCCCAAACACCUCCAUGGCCCAGCUACUCCAGUCCAUGAGCCACCAAAGUGCCCACAAUGGGCCAAGCCACGUGGGCCAAAGCCCGCCCAGAUCUGGCAAAUCUCCCUUCUUGGAGGAAGCUUUGCCUCAGAUGUCGACUUUGCAGCAGAGCUUGCAGGGGCAUCAUAUCCAGGGCAGAGCGAAGAUCCGUGGCUUCCAGAACAUGAACAGUGAAGGUCAGAUUUCAGGCCAGGAUCUAAACAUGGAGCAGUUCAACAGGCCAAUGAACCAAAUGCAGGACCCCGCCUUAACUGGAAACUUUGAGGUGUUGGGUUACAAUGGUGGACAACAUGCAGCCAUGGGGUCGAUGCAGGGAAACCCAAACCCUCACCAACAGCAGCAGUUUGGACUUUAUCAGAAACCAUCCCAGGCGCAAGGCAACCCCCAAAUCAGAGGCAGGGCAGGAUUGCCUCCCAUGAUGUCCAAUGGCGGGGUCCAAGCCCUCUCUGAGUCAGGUGAGGUCAGUAGUUCUCUGAGCUGUGAGCUGAGGCAGGCCCAAGAGGAGAGUCUCCAGUCUCUCAUCAGGAGCAGCCAAGCCAAUACACAGCAACAGCUUGUUCAGGGUUCGGGUCGUCACUCCAUACAGAGCCAGCAGCUCCACAGGUUCCAGAGCCAGGGUUCCCAUCCUGUUGCCCCUCUCCCUGGUGGAGCUGCCUCCAACCCCAUGAACAGCCUCCUUCAGAGCUUCCAGGUGGAUUUGCCUGAGACGAUUCCACUGCCAAACAGAACUAUGAUGAGUCGACCGGGGAUGAUGUCCAUGUCCCAACCCGGUGCCCCUUGUCUCCAGGAGGGUCAUCAAGAAUACCAGGCUGCCCAGGACCUUUCAGGUGGUGGGGGAGAAGUUAUUGAUACCAUCCACAGGGCAGCGAUGGGCACGGCCAGCAAGAGCACGUUUAAUGUCAUCACAUCAACAGGUGCUAGCGGUACCUUCGCUGCUUCUGUUUUCGGCGAGCCUGUCGACCUCUCCCAUGCGGCUAACUCUGUCAUUCAUGGCCCCCUUCGCUCAUAUCAGGAGCCAGUGCCAGAGCCCCGACACCAACCCAAGGUGGGUCGGCCACGCAAGAAGACACCUGACAGGAACAACAGCUUCUCCCCUGUUGCUAUGGAAGCUCCUGCCAGAUUCCACUCGCCGCGACACGGAGCCCAGAGAAGACAAUGGGAUGGGCAGGCGGAGGGCCAGGAGCAGGCUGGUCUGUGGCGUAAUGACAAGCUCCUCCAACCGCUUUCCUUAGCCCAGAGCAGAAACGGCACCUACCCAGAGAGGCCCAAAAGUCAGGCCCAGGUGCACUUAGGCCCUCAGGAUCAAACAACACUGCACUUCCCCAGUCACUUGUAUGCCCAUAUGAACGGCAACGGUAGGGUCCUCACCUCGGGAAGACAACAUUCCAGACACCCCGGCCUGUCCCCUGGUUCUUCCUCUGUCCCACCAGAGGGCCUUUUUACCAAGGAUUACAGCCACUACAACGAACAUCUGAACGGCCAACUCAAUGGGAACCACUACAAUGGGCAUUACAAUGGGCACCUGAACGGGAGCCUGAGCGGCGAGGAAGACCUGAGGCCUGGGGACUCUCCCUCCUCCAGUGAGGGGCUCCCGCUCCACCACAAGCCCAGAACUCCGGCCCACUACCCGGGAGAUCUACUCUGGGGCCAGGGCAAAGGCUUCCCUCCAUGGCCAGGCAAGAUUGGGAGCGAGGGGCACAUGUACUCCCCUGGGAUGGUGAAUGACAUGCAGGGAAAGGUAGAGUCAGAGAAGAUCCAGAGGACACUAACAGAGGAUCUGGACACACUACAUAAAGCAAACAAGAUAACUAGAAAUGGUCGAAAAUGGAAUAACCACCUAGAGGCUGCUAUACAGGAGGCUAUGUGUGAGCUGGAUAAGAUGACAGGCAAUAUAUCACAGAGAGACAGACAAGUCAAGACCACUAAACCCAAGAGGAGGAAGAUCUCCAGAUGACAGUAAAUGUGUGGACCCUUUGGUGUCCUGCUGGGUAGCGGUCCAUCUAGCCAAUGGGUCUUGUGUAGCCGAUGUGGAAUCGCUAGCCAGUGUGUGCAAUAGUAGUGACCAUUGUCUUCUCUUUUGCAUCAGCUUGGUACUUAGUCCAACUGGAUUAGUGCUACAAUCAGUCAACCCUCCCACCUUGACCACCACCAAGACACUGACAGUGAAGAAAAUACAAGAAAGGAUGGAGGAACCUAGCUGCAAAAUAAUAGCUGUGAUAUAUCCACAGCUAGCUUGUCCUUAUGGAAAAUGAGAUUCUACAUAUAAGGAAAUAGUUGGUCCAAAUAUUUCUGAUGCAUUUUAGAUUAUGCACAUAGACAAAGGAAAACAGUACAACAUUAUUUUCAGUGGUUAAUUGUAUAUAGUGUUCAGUUUUAUCAUUGAUGAGUUGACUUAAUGCUAAUUUCUUAUGUACAUAUCAAUACAAAACUAUAUCUGGUUCUCCAAUGUUUUUAUUUUUCACAAAACGGUGAGGCCAGAAAUUUCAUUUUUCAAAAGAAAAGCAGCAUAAAGGAAUUUCUUCUACAGAUCUAUUGAAACAUGCUGUUAAGCAUUGAACAGCUGAAGGAUUAUAAUGUUGAACUUCAACAGACACUAUAUUGUCAUUUGCAUGCAGCCAGUAAGGAUGAUCUUGUCCUGCUGGGAAGGCAUACAAUGUGAGUCCCAAGAAAAGGAAAUUGGAAGACUUGAAGAUAGACCCACAGUAUAUCCUUUAUCUGAACAUAGGACAUGCAAAUACUUUCUCUUUGUCUUACGUUUCCCUUUUCUUUGUUCUUGUUUUAUCCAUGUUAUCCAAGAAAAGAAAAAGCCAUCAAGGGAAGGAGUCUGAAAUAUGCCUCUAAGUUACAUUAUUUGUACUCCCAAAGUAAAAUGUAUUUUCUCUGAAUAUUUUUGAUAAACAGAUUUCCUGUGUUAUAUCUGCAAAAUGACUUUGACAGUAUGUGUUUGUUCAUUUAAAAAAAAAAAAAAGAGUUAUUGUAAAGUAUAGACUAAUUUCUGUGGUAUACAGUACAUGCAUUCUGAAAUGAAGUACUGUAUUCAAUAGCAACAGUUGUAAUAUACGGUUCUGCCACUAGUGUUUAAUCUACAAUUAUGUUCAUAUUUAAAUGGUGCAAAAAGUAUUAAGCUGUUUAUUUUCUCUAUCAAAUCAUGUAAUUGAGCAUUUCUCUGUGUUUUACCCUUGAAUGUGUCAUUUCAAGGGUCAAAAUGCCUUAAUAGUAAGGACUGCACAUUUACAGGCCAGAAGAGAUCGGUAGUAUACUCAUUGGUUUCCUUUGCUCUGCAAAACCAUUUUAAACGACCCAAGAAAGUAUGAGUGAACUUUGAUCCGAGCCUUAUAUCCAAUGCUACAACCCCCAGCUGCCAAAGCUAUGCCGUAUCACAAGUUAGGACUUUAAGUUUCUAUUAUUUAUCUUUGUAAUAUUCUAUUGAAUUAGUGGCCUUCAUUUUGUUAAUUCUCAUUGUUUUUUGCUUUUAUACUUUAUAAUUUAUUUAUGAAUCACAUAUUUAUUUGUAGAUAUACAUUGGUUACUUAGCAAUAAUACUAAUGAGAGUUGUACGCUCUGAAAAGCCUUAGAGUAUUAUAUAUUUUUCUCUUAAAACAAAUGAACAGCCUAUAUAUGGAUAAAUAUUCCAUCAGUGGUUUAUAAGUAUACAUUUAUAUAUUUGUGUUUAUUUAUGAAGUGUACAAUUUUGAACACUCAGUAUGUCAGUAUGUGCAUAUAGUGUUCUUUUUUUCUUACUUGUGUCAACACUGAGUAUAUACCCACGGCCUGAAGAAAUUGUAAAAUUUUCAUUUUAAAAGAGUGAACUUCAUUUUCUGUACUUAAUACCCUGACUCAGGAGGGGCACCUUCUGAUUUGAUCAGUCGUCUUCUGAUUUGAUCAGUCGUCUUCUGAUUUGAUCAGUCGUCUUCUGAUUUGAUCAGUCUUGUGAAAAUCUGAAAUUGUAAAACUGACAAAUGUACAUGUUUGUCUAAUUUUUAUUAUUUAACAUACAAUAUCAAGUCAUCUGUGUUCAAUCCUAACAGAACAAUCCGGCAUCCUAAAAUGUAAUACUCGUUUUAACACUUGGUAACCUAGCUAUGUCAUCAACAUUAUAUGCAUUUUGUUUAUAAUUAUAUUGCACUCUUAAUCCUAAAAUUGGGGGUAUAUGAAGAGAGCCCACCCAGUAGUCCAUGGACAAAGUAAAUGUUUAUUUAUGUCUUCCAUUUCAAACUUGUUGUCCAUUGUAGUGAUCUUGAGUGAUUGUGUUUAAUGGAAUAAAUGUUUUGCCCUCCUUAUUGAAACAAAAUAUAUUCUAAUAUUGUUUUUGAAUGAGUUAUUUAUUGAAUGUGGUUUAAAAUGUCAUUUUUAUGCUCUUUAUUUCAAAACAUAUGGUAAAAGCUGAGUGGCCCACGUUGUUUUUGAUGGUUUUACAGUGGGAAAAGAUUUUACAUUUUUGUAAAGUAUUUUAAUUUUAAAUGUGAUAUGCAUUGUUAGUCAAUUAGUAAUGUAACAGUUACAUAAUUUAGCACCAACAUCAAAGUAUCUUUUGUACUUAUAGUUUUCAGUACAUCUUUCUGAAUACAUAACAGCUGUAGCAAUUUCCUUUCCUGCUUCUCUAGCAGAAAUGUUUUACAUUUAGAAAAGUGUGCCUGAAAUUACACGCAGUAAAAGGUGGUUAUUAUGCUUUGUUCAAAAUCUUUUAAUGGUGUUUGUUCGAAAGGGAUUUACAAAUUUGACAAAGUAUUGCAUUCAUUUUGCAAUAAAAAAAAGUAUUCUAUCAA